AUGGCCUCGAAUGAUGAUAAGGCAGCUCAACUGCGCGAGUAUAUUUUCUCGCAACCGGCAUCCGCUUUAGCCAACAACCCAUGGGCCGUAACCAACGCUAUCGAGACCUUCGCCGACACGUACGGGCUGAGGAUGAUCUUCAGAGGAAACAAGCUGGAGCUAGCACGAGAGCAGAUAAUGGCACAAAAGCCAGCUCCGCGCACAAUAAUCGAGUUCGGCACGUUCGUCGGUAAAUCCGCCCUCGCCUGGGGCGCCAUCCUGCGUGACAUCCACGGUGAGAACUUGCCGGCAGAUGUGAAGGUGUACACAUUCGAAAUGGAUGCUGUCAUGGCGGCGCUGGCGCGGGAUCUGGUUAAGCUGGCAGGUCUGGAAAGCACAGUCCAUGUGUUGGAGGGACCCGGUAGUGAGUCCCUGCAAAAGCUGGUCUCUGAUGGCGCAGUCAAGUCCGUUGACAUGGCCUUCUUCGACCACUGGGAGGAGUUCUAUCUGCCUGAUUUGCAACUUGUCGAACGACUCAAGCUCUGGCGUGUCGGGUCGCUCGCCAUUGCCGAUAACACUGAUUACCCGGGUGCGCCGGCAUAUCGCCAGUAUGUCCAGGAUGGGGGCAGCGGGCUGGCUGGCGCGGUGAAAUAUGAGAGCUGCUCGCUGAAGACACAAGGGUUGAAGCAAGGCCCGCCACGCUGUCUGGAGCCCCAGACUCGACUAUGUACCGCUCCUUGUGCACCACCACCACCCUCUUCUGGGCUGACAUUCAUUUCCUGCAGGGCUGUCUUCUCGCUGAUCAUCAUUAACAAGGCCGGCGGUCUGAUCUACCAACGCGAAUUCCAAGCCGGCCUGCGCAAGCUCUCAACCAAUGACUACUUGGUUCUAGCGGGCACCUUUCACGGGUAG